GGCAGCGGAGCCGCUGUCAGAGCCGCGCUCGCAGCCCCGGUCCCGGAGGGCUCCGCUCGCGUUGCAGAGAUGCUCCUGGCUGGGAUCCCUCGGGACACCUAAGAGCAUAUUUCUCACCAGUGCUCAGGCUGCUUUAUCGAUGGAGCCCCGGAUUCCCCACAACGUCACCGUCGUCCCCAACUCUGUGAUGGUCCAGCCCCUGCUGGACAGCCGGAUCCCCUACGGGAGGCUGCAGCAUCCGCUCACCAUCCUGCCCAUUGACCAGAUGAAGACGACCCACAUAGAGAACGACUACACUGACAACCCCACUGCUCCCCUGCCGGCAGCCCCCAAGAGACCCCGGGGUCCCCAUGAAGCAGCCCCGAGCCACACGCAGCGCUGCGAGCAGGACGUCACCCACCCCUGGAUCUCCUUCAACGGGCGACCCAGCUCCAUCAGCAGCAGCAGCAGCACCUCGUCUGACCAAAGGCUCUUGGACCACAUGGCCCCGGCACCCGUGGCUGAGCAGUCCUCGCCCAGGGCGGUGCGCAUCCAGCCCAAAGCAAUCCACUGCAAACCCCUGGACCUGAAGGAACCCGUGUCUCAGGAACUGGAUAAGCACUUUCUGCUGUGCGAAGCCUGUGGGAAAUGCAAGUGCAAGGAGUGUGCACUGCCCCGGACUCUGCCGUCGUGCUGGGUGUGCAAUCAGGCGUGCCUGUGCUCGGCGCAGAGCCUGGUCAACUACUCCACCUGCAUGUGUCUGGUCAAGGGCGUCUUCUACCACUGCACCAACGAGGACGACGAAGGCACGUGUGCCGACCACCCCUGCUCCUGCUCCCAGUCCAACUGCUGCGCCCGCUGGGCCUUCAUGAGCGCCGUGUCUCUGGUGCUGCCCUGCCUGCUCUGCUACCUGCCCGCCACCGGCUGCGUCAAGCUGUCCCAGCGCUGCUACGACCGCCUGCGCCGGCCCGGCUGCAGGUGCAAGAACACAAACAGUGUCAUGUGCAAGGCACUGCCCGAGAGCAAAGCCAGCAGGGCCGAGAAGCCCUUUUGAUAACUGGGGAAGGAGGGAGGACGCUCCCCAAGGGGGUGGAGUUGUGUUUUUCGUAACCUGUGUUCUGAGGAUAACACGAGCUUUUCGCCUUCAGAGAAAGCAGAAGCGACUAUUUCUACAGACUGAAGCACUUCGGGUCAUUCAGGGUUUUGGGACUGGUCAGCAUUUAACUUCAUAGGGCCAAAGGAGGAAUCUCAAUCACUCGUAGCAAAGCCUGCGAGCCCACAUACAACACAAUGCACGCAGUGCUCACCGCCAGGACCCGCAGCCGCUCACUUACCGGUGCACCAGCACACACAGUUCCCACCACUGCUUGCAGAGCACCGCCUUGAGCUGACAUCCGUUGUGGGAUUCCUGUUUUCUCCCCUCCUAAGCCACAUUCACUCCCAGCUGCAGGUGGAAAAAGUGCUCCUUCCCCCUGCCCCCAACCACCUGCUCCAUUAUCAGGGCCACCUGUGUGCAGCAAGCCCUUCCCUCGAGCUUUCUGCCUCCUUCAGAGGGUCUGAACCAGAAGUAGACACGCAGCACAGUGCUGUAGGGGUCUCAGCAUUUAGGCAGGUGCUCUGUUGUGUGCUCACCUGCUCACGUUGCUUUGGAGUCUUCAGCAGAACGGGGUACAGGUCUGAGCCGUGUCCCAGCACUGCGCUGCUCUGCCCCGGUCUGUAGCACCAGGUUUCAUCCCACCUAAUGAUGAUUUUACGCCAACAGCACAAGCCUGCCCCAAAAGGUUUCAAAUCCCAUUUCCCUGCCAUGUGCUCACUCCCAGAGCAAAAGCAGAGUAAACACAAUCUGUGAAGUUCAGACAUUCCACGUUUGUUUCUCCAAAACUCUCACCCCCCAAAGGCUGAAGCGCAGGAUACACGCAGGAGCAUUCGCACAAUGCCGUCACCCAGUACCUCCUCUCUGGGACAAGCUCUUUGCUCUUUAGAUAUUCUUUCUUUUUCGUGCAGGGGGGGAUUGGCACUUGCGUGCAUCACAUCCCACUCCCCUAUUUCUAUUGCUGCUGUUCAGCUCUUGCACCCUCUGUACAAAAGCAGAGAAUGCUUGUAAUGUUUAUUUAGCAUGAGCCCCAGUGGCAGUAACCCCAUUGCUCUGACAGCUGCAAGGUGCCAACCAACCACCUUUGCCUGAGCACACCGUGCUGUCCUAAGUGGGUAGGUACUAAUUGCAUGCUGGAAAGGGAUCCAGGCUAUCUUUUCUCUUUAUUUUUUUAAUUAGAGGAAAUUUCCUCAGUAAAUGCACAGCAGUGACAGUGAAAUGUCAUUCCUAAUUAGCAAAGCAAUAGGCAGAGCUCGGGCAGCAUUUCCAGGAGUGCCAUUUGCUCGGCUGCAAUGCAGUUGCUGCGUAGGGGUUGGCAGGAGUGUGCUGAUGGGAGGUCUGGUGUCUUUUGUUUUAGGAAUCCAUUUACCUUGGAUGACUUGGGGUUUGGUUACGUUUAAUUGUGGAUAUUUAAUGAAUGGUGAGUUUUAAAAAAAGUUUCUAUAUUUAUAAUAUUUGCUAGCUUGUAUGUGAUAAACUGUAGGAAAGGGGGCACGUCUGUUACCAGAUACCAAUUCCUAUGGUUUAUCCUCAUGUUGAACAUAUGGGGACACCAGAAAGAAGGAAGCAGGUGGGGCUGUACCUAUUGUCUUGCACAAAUGAGAGGGGAAAAUGUAAGAGGCAAAUCAGCCCCUGACCAGCUGAGCUGUUGGUUGAAUGUAUAAAGUAUAAGUAUUUAAUAAUAGAAAUAAUUUCCCCAAGAUACAAUCAGGCCAGAAAAUGCAGCAGGAGGGGCAGCUGCUAUGGGAGCACACGCAGUAGCCAAAUGGCCCCUACCUACAGGUCUCCCCUUUUUGACCCUCUGUCCUUGGCUGUUCCUGAGGGGUCUGUACUGAAAAUCUGCAGCAGCAAAUCCCAUUGCUAGCUGCAUGGUUCCUGCCAGGAACUGCAAUGUCAGAGUGGUUACCACUGUGCCAACCCUGCGCCGUGCCCGCCCCGUUCCCCAGUGCAACGAGGCUUCCUCUCCUUCUACCUUCAUUGUACAUAGUUGUAAACUAUUUCUCUGUUGGUUUCUUUCGAUGCAUAAAUCCUGCUGUGAUGUAAGCCCACCACUUGCUGGAAGACUGUACUGUGUUUGUGGAUGUGUUAGAGCAGUGGUCGAUGUAGCAGUGCUCCCCCACCCCGGGACCCCGCCAGCUCUGCAGCUCGGGGCAGCUGGGCUCAGAGGCAAUAAGGUCCUGCUUUCCCCUCCUGCCCCAUCCCAGUGCCUCCCUUCCCCUUUUCCUCUGACGGUACUCGGGUCUUGUGCCACCCCCAGGUCCUCCAGGCGCGGGCUGCGCUGCCUCUCACAGAGCGUUACCCAAAAUUGCAGCCCGGUGCCGUGAGACCCAUGGGGGGGCUGCAGCAGUGGCCCCAGCAAUUGGCACUCACAGCCCCCGGUGCCCCCCGCCUCUCUGCCCCCCACCCCGAUCGCGUCCCGCCACACGUGCACCCUGAGAAGUCACCACAGAAGGUUUUUCUUUGUAUAGAAUAUUUAUUUUGAAGCUCUAUUUUAAUAGUAUUUAUU